UGGGCUCGGCCGGCCCCGGGCAGGGGCAGGGGUAGGGCGGGCGGGGAGGUGCCCCCCACCCGCACCCCGCCAUGCGCCCCCGCGGAGCCCCGCGCUCCGCCCGCUGAGCCCCUCGGAGCGUGUCGGGGGGGUGCGGGGGCCGCCCUCCGCUCCCCGCAACUUUGAACGAUGAUCACAGUCAACGCGGAUGGGAAGAUAAUGGUCAGAAGAUGUCUCGUCACCUUGAGACCCUUUAGGAUUUUCGUGCUGGGCAUUGGAUUUUUUACCCUGUGCUUCCUGAUGACUUCUCUGGGAGGGCAGUUCUCUGCCAAACGCCUGGGGGACUCCCCCUUCACCAUCCGGACCGAAGUGAUGGGCACGCUGGAGUCCCGGGGGGUGCUGCGGAGGAUGAGCGACAUGCUGGAGAUGCUGAUGAAGAGGAUGGACAUCCUGGCCAGGCUGGAGAACAGCACUGACUUCCACAAAGGGGAUGAAACACGAUUCCCUCUGGACAGGUUCCAGCCAGCAGCGGGGUUGAUGGAGAGGAUCCAGGCUAUAGCUCAGAACGUCUCGGACAUCGCAAUAAAAGUCGAUCAGAUUCUCCGGAACAGCCUCCUCAACGGGAAGGUGAUGGAAGGCAGGAGGGACCAGUGUGAGGUGCCCAGGGACCCCAAGUACCCUGACUGUGCUGGGAAGGUGGAGUGGAUGAGGGCCAGGUGGACCUCUGACCCCUGCUAUGCGUUUUUUGGCGUGGACGGCACCGAGUGCUCGUUCCUCAUCUACCUCAGCGAGGUCGAGUGGUUCUGCCCUCCCCUGCCCUGGAGAAACCGGACGGCGGCUGCGCCUUCGCCCCCACCGCGGCCCCCGGUGCAGGCAGCUUUCCAGAGCGACCUGGCUCACCUCCUGGAGCUGAUUGGCACGGGCAAGGAGUCCCUGAGCUUCAUGAAGAAGAGGAUCCGGCACUUGGCCCAGCAGUGGCUGCGGGCGGCCCGGCGCCUCGAGCAGAAGCUGAAGGGGCGGCAAAGGGACCAGAAACACAUCUUGAUCCAUAUUGGCUUCCUGACAGAGGAGUCGGGGGAUGUUUUCAGCCCACGGGUGCUGAAGGGGGGCCCGCUGGGCGAGAUGGUGCAGUGGGCUGACAUCCUGGCUGCCCUCUUCCUCCUGGGACACAGCCUGAGAGUCACAGUCUCCCUGAAGGAGCUGCAGAGUCACUUAGGGGUGCCUCCAGGACGGGGAAACUGCCCCUUGACCAGUCCUUUGCCUUUUGACCUGAUUUACACCGACUACCAUGGACUCCAACAGAUGAAGCAGCACAUGGGGCUCUCCUUUAAGAAAUACAGGUGCCGCGUCCGGGUCAUCGACACCUUUGGGACGGAGCCGGCCUACAACCACGAGGAGUACGCAACGCUGCGCGGCUACCGCACCAACUGGGGCUACUGGAACCUCCAGCCCACCCAGUUCAUGACCAUGUUCCCUCACACCCCUGACAACUCCUUCAUGGGCUUCGUGUCAGAGGAGCUCAACCAGACAGAGAAGCAGCUCAUCAAGUCCAACAAAGUGAGCAGCAUGGCAGUGGUGUACGGGAAGGAGGCCAGCAUCUGGAAGUUGCAGGGCAAGGAGAAGUUCCUGGCCAUUCUCAACAAGUACAUGGAGAUCCAUGGCACCGUUUAUUAUGAGACACAGCGGCCGCCCGAGGUCCCGGCGUUUGUGAAGAACCAUGGGCUGCUCCCACAGCACGAGUUCCAGCAGCUGCUGAGGAAGGCCAAGCUCUUCAUUGGCUUUGGGUUCCCCUAUGAGGGUCCUGCCCCGCUGGAGGCCAUCGCCAACGGCUGCGUUUUCCUGCAGGCGCGGUUCAACCCCCCGCACAGCUCCCUCAACCACGAGUUCUUCCGCGGGAAGCCGACGUCCAGAGAGGUGUCCUCCCAACACCCAUACGCUGAAGACUUCAUUGGGAAGCCACAUGUGUGGACUGUUGACUACAAUAACUCUGAGGAGUUUGAAGCUGCUGUCAAGACCAUCAUGAGGACCCAGGUGGACCCUUACCUGCCUUACGAGUACACCUGCGAGGGGAUGCUGGAGCGGAUCCACGCCUACAUUCAGCACCAGGAUUUCUGCACCACGUCAUCUCCUCCUCUGCCUCCCAAGACCAAGAGUCCUGCUAUGCAAAGCCCUCCGAGCCCGCUGGUGCUGUCCCCCAACGCCACUCACCUGGUGUGGUCGCCCAGGGCCAGCCGGGACCCCCAGGCCUGGCCCCCCGUGGGCUCCCUGCAGGUGUGGGUGUCAGAGACCCGGCACACGUGCACCGAGACGUGCCGGCGGCACGGGCUGGUCUGCGAGCCCACCUUCUUCAGGUUCCUCAACAAGGAGGAGGUGUUUCUCCAGCUCAGCAUCACCUGCGACAGCACCGAGUACGAGAUGAACCAUCUGUACCCCGCGGUGGCCGAGAACGUCCACGAGUGCUACCUCCAGAAGGAGCCUCUGCUCUUCAGCUGCGCCGGCUACAACACCAAGUACCGGCGCCUCUGCCCCUGCCGUGACUUCCAGCAAGGACAAGUGGCUCUGUGCAGGGACUGUUUGUGAUGGGGGGUGUCCCCACCGCGUUUGUGACGCGCGACGUGCACCGAGUGGCUUUUUCUCAAAGCUCUGCAGCGGACGAGGAGGUGGGACAGGUCCCUCCCGGGGCUCUCUGACUCUGGGCGUUGUUUCAUCCACCAGCCAACUGUGAAUGACCAUGUCCUGAACUUUGGUUUCAUUUUUCUUCCCGAGGAGCAUCGUCCGACUGCAUCCGAACCCACCUGGACCUGGUGGCACUGGGAUGGAGUGGUAGGGAGAGAGAGGGGCUGGGGACACCCUUCCCUUCCCUCUGGCAAUGGGACAAGCCACCAGCAGACUGCAGUUUCAGGGUUUUCAUCCUCUUCAAGCAUCCUGAGUUGUUUUAUUUAUUGAUUUUUUUUUUUUAACCCUCCCCCUGACAAGUGGUAAAUUAAAGGGGAAGCAACACCCAGCCCUUCUGUGGGAGUUCUUGGGCAGAGCUGUGUUGGGGGGGCACAGGGGGGCUGCUGGUGCCUGGCAUGGAUGUGGAGCUGGGGAAGGACAAAGCCCGAGGAGAGCAGCUGGGUUGGAUGGACAUGGUGCCCUCAGGAGGAACCAGGAGGGAGUGGGUGGCUCCCAGGCUUUCCCUGGGCAGUGAGGGGUGGGAUGGGCUCCUGGGAAGGAUGCUGAUUGCUGGGGUGGUGUUCCCAGCAGGGCAGAGGUGCCUAAAGUGAGUUCCCCAGCCCCUCAGGCUGCUCUUCACCCAUGCACAGAGCUGUACAUCCCUCCAGGGAUGCCUGGAGGUGGUGGAGGGGGCAUAGGGGCUACUCGGGGUUUGAAUGAGCAGGCAGAGAGGAGGAUGUGCUGCAGCAGCCAAAAGGAAUUACCAGUGUGCAGCAACCAAGGGGAGAGGGAGCAGCUCAGCAGCUGCAAAAGCAACAUCAUGACUGUGUGCUCCAGAUGUUGCCACCACAGGAAACUCCAAGUGAUCAUCUUCCAUGAGUUGUCUUCACUUCAGCUUUCCUUACUUCCAUUCCUCUCACUUUGGGGGAGUUUUCCCUGCUGCCAACAUUUCCCCUCUCAGCACAUCCUCUGCCUGGGGUUGGCACUGGCUGGGGUGACCUGGUUUGUUUUUGUAGGGUUGCUCAACAGAGCAGGGUGUUGCUGUUAAGGUUGGUGCUCAGCCCUCCUGUUUUGUGGAAGUGUUCCAUGGUGAGACUUCUGCAUCCUGUAAAACAUGUGGCAUGAAAGUUAUGGGCUGGAAACUCCCUCCCAGCCCUUCCCUGCAUGGGAGAGCUCCUGGCCCAGCUGGGGAGGGAGGUUGGUGGGGUGGCAUCGUGUCCUGGCACUGUCACUGCAGGGUCCCAGGCCCUGGCAGGCUUGUCCCCCAUGGCUCGUGGUGGCUGAUGGAGAGCAGUGGCACAGAUGAGUGCACGAGGCCUUCCCCUGUGACCCAGCUGCUCACUGGAGCUGGGCAGGGCAGCCCUGGCACCUCCAGCAUGUCCUCUCCGUGGCAGGUUUUGGGAGAAAGUCCCAUUCCUUCAGCUGUGCUACAGCAUCGGGCAGAGCCCCACUCCCCUCACCAUCUCCCUGCUCUGUCCCCGGGAAGGGUGACACCACAGAGUGCUCGUGUCCUCUGGGCAUCCCGACAUCUGAGCCUGCAAGCCUGGCCCAAAUCCUGUGCUGGGUGAGGCAGGAGGUGGAGACACUGCCAUUAUCCCAGAGCAGUUUAUCAUCCUCAGCUCCAAACUGCGUGGGCAGCCUCCAUCCUGCCUGUGACGCCAGCCAGGGGGAAAGGAUUGAUUAAGUAAUUUCUGUGUCUUGCAGCCAGCGUGUGUCUAAAUAAAAGCAGCGCAAACUUCUCUUAGCA